CAGAUCGGAUAACUUUUGGAUCGCACAUAUCAAAGAUUCUACUAAAAAAAAAUUAAUUUUAAUCUCACCAAACAUCUAUAUCUCGCUCGCUCGCUCGCUCGCUCUCCCACCAAACAACGUUUUGCCAUACGGAAGAAUUAAGAUCACCCUCUGAGUCACUGUUACGCAAAAAUCGGAAAUGGGAAGGGAGGUAUCAGAGAGCUGUUUGGAGAGUCUACUCACGGAGAUAGUCUCUUCCUAUUGCAAUGGCUUUUAUGCCAACAAGCCCGAGCUUGCUGCCCGAAGGAUCGAGGCUAUUGGCUUUCAGGUCGGUCACCAACUCUCAGAAAGAUACACAAUUGAUGGGCCAAGGUUUACUGAUCACCUGGAGGCUAUCAAGUUUAUCUGCAAGGACUUUUGGUCUGAACUCUUCAAGAAGCAAAUAGACAACUUAAAGACCAAUCAUAGAGGUACUUUUGUAUUGCAAGACAAUCAGUUUCGGUGGCUAGCACACAUGUCAGUUGAUCCAUCACGGGAUGCAUCUGCUUCUAUUCAAGACCCUUCUGCAAUGGCUGAAAAUAGAGCAGCGCAAGCAACCGGCAUGCAUCUUUACUUUCCUUGUGGAAUUAUAAGGGGAGCACUCUCAAACUUGGGAAUACCAUGUGCAGUUUCUGCUGAUAUAUCGAACCUCCCUGCUUGUUCCUUCAUGGUCCGUAUAAAGGUCUGAUGAGGUUCUUAUGUUAGUUUUCUCCUACUCAGAAUCAAAGCAGAAUUGUUGUUGAUACUAUUGUUUUUGAAAGUCGAAGGGGAGUACUAUAAAUUGAGCAUUUUCCCUUUUAUAAGAUGAUUUGGGUGUAUUAUUCAUAUGCAAAGGGUAACUUGAUUAAUAGUGGUUGAGACAUUCUCUAUGGUAUGCUAAAUUGAAUUUUCAAGCGGCUAUUUUGGGCCAAAAUCCA